CCGUUGAUCGAUUCGAAAACAGAGACGAGGAGCGGAGUGGCGAAAGCGCCAAAGAGCGGAGAUCUGGGUUCUUCUCCCUCUCCGGCAUCUCUCCGAGUCCCACCGUGGCGGCUAAUCUGAGAGCUGAAGGGGAGUCCAAGGCGGCUCGGCUCCACUCGUUCUUUUCCUCUGUGUUCGCGAGUCUCUUUCGUCAAAGAGAGGAAGAGCAAGAGGAAGAAGGAAUCGCUGAAGAGAAGGACUUCAUGGCUUCCAAGCGUCAGGAACUGGUCUUGCAGCAGCAGAAAGGUGGGCUUCCGCCAGUGGGCAAGCAAAAAGCUGUCGCUGUGGCAGCUGAUGCUAAGAAUCGCCGAGCCCUUGAAGACAUCGGCAAUCUAGUUAAUGUCAGAGUUGUCGAAGGGAAGCUAGAAUCUCAGGCAAACCGUCCCAUUACCAAUUUCGGGACUCAGCUUCUUGCAAAUGCACAAAAUGUUGUUGCUGCAGCAGUAGCCAAUAAGAAACCUGCAACUAUUCAAUCUGAUCAAGUAGAUGCUAGAGUUUGUGCAAAACCAACUAAGAAGGUCGCAGGCAAAAGUAAGGAGGAACAAAAAGUGGAGAUCAUUGUGAUAAGCCCUGACUCUAAUGAGGAAAAAAAAUAUGAAGCUGGCAGAGGUAGUAGUACCUGCCGCAGAUCUUCCAGAAAGAAAGUAAUUAGUUCUUCUCUUACAUCUGUGAUGACGGCUCGAAGCAAGGUUGCUUGUGAGCUCGCUGACAAGCUCAAAGAAAUGGUUAUUGAUAUCGAUGCAUCUGACAAAGAGAAUCAGUUGGCUGUUGUGGAUUAUGUAGAGGAUAUCUACAAGUAUUACAAAUCCGCAGAGCAUUCAUGCAGGCCUCGCGACUACAUGGAUUCCCAGGUGGAGAUCAACGCAAAGAUGCGAACUGUUCUUGUCGAUUGGCUAAUAGAAGUGCACUAUAAAUUUGAGCUGAUGCCUGAGACUCUCUACUUGACAUUGUAUAUAAUUGAUCGUUAUCUUUCCACGGAGUGGACUUUGAGGAGAGAACUGCAACUUGUCGGGGUUUCUGCCAUGCUCAUUGCCAGCAAGUACGAAGAAAUUUGGGCGCCAGAGGUCCAUGAUUUCAUUUGCAUAUCAGAUAGAGCCUACACCAGAGAAGAGAUCCUUAGAAUGGAGAAGCGAAUUCUGGAUAAGCUUCAAUGGAACUUGACUGUGCCGACACCAUAUGUCUUUCUUGUCAGAUUUGUGAAGGCUGCAGAAUGCGACACAGAGAUGAAACACUUGGUGUUCUUUUUCGCUGAGUUAGCUUUGAUGCAAUACUCUUUGGUUACCAACUGCCCAUCAAUGGUAGCUGCUGCAUCUGUGUAUGCAGCUCGGUGCACUCUAAAGAAGAGUCCUCUUUGGACUGAAACGCUCAAGUGCCACACAGGGUUCUCCGAACAAGAAUUGCUCGACUGUACACAAAUAUUAGUGAAUUCCCAUGCGGCAUCAGGAGAGGGGAAGCUCAAGGUAGUGUAUAAGAAGUAUUCUCAAGAACAAUUUGGAGCUGUGGCGUUGUGUCCCCCUGCAACCAAAGUGAUGGAGGAGUUGAAGGCAUCAAGGAUGGUGGCAAGGAACUGAGUGACAGUACUAACUUUAUUUUUUUUCAUCCAUUUGUGUGGGGUGGGGUGUGAGUAUCAAUGUUUGUGUUUCAUGUUCUUGUUGAAAGAGUGAUGUGGGCAAUAUUAUAGAUUUUUUGGAUAGGUGACCUACGAACUCUUUUUGUUCUUUACUCUUUACUCAGGAGUAGUUUGCUAACGCAAUAUGAUUUGGUUUAGUGUUGUGCAAUAUUGUAGUGUGACAAACAAUAUUGACAUGGAAUAUAUUUGAACAUGUUUUCAGU